GUAACUUGGCGAUGUUUUAUGGUUAUACAGCUGCCGAUCUCUGCUACCGUAUACGAGCUUAAGACUGAGCUUCAGAGUCUUCUCAAUAUUCAGCCGGAAACAUGUGAGAUUUCUGCUUCUGAUGUAACGUUGGCCGAUUCAGAUCUCAUAGCAGAAGUUGCUGGUCUAGGCAACAAGAAACAAAUUAAGCCGGUUGUGUCUUGCUAUGAAGGCAACAAUUUUGUGUGCUUGAUACUAUUUUCUCUCGAAGCCGAGGAUAUCGAUAAUUCGGUGUCAGACCCAAGUAUUGAAGUUGUGUCGCUCGAAGGAAGCGAAUCUUCCGUCAGUGAGCUGUCCUCAGGAUCUAGUAGCGAAUGCGUACAGCCAUCCACGAUUGAUUGCAAACGUGGUAUUAAACGAAAAGGCCAGGGACAUGGAAAACCCAUAGAGACUAAACGGUUGAAAAAGCUUCUCGAAUCCAGUGAGGAGCGUUUACAAAGCCCCUCGUAUGGAUGUAUGGAGGAGGCGCGCGGCCAGAGUUACGUGGCCAAGUGUCGAAACUUGUUUGCAGCGAAUUUUCAAGCUCCUGGAACUGCAGAACUCUGA